UAGCUAAAUCUUAAAGGUUUUCGAAAAAUUAAAAAGAAAUCAGCAGUAUACUAUAAAACGUCGUUACAGAAGGACUGAAUUUAAGAAAAACUAAAUUUUGAAAAAAAAAUGAUUAAAAUGGAAAGAUCUUUUAGCAGAAGUCAAAGCCAAUGUGCCGAAUUACAGGCAGCUAACAUGUCGUUGGACAAUUUACAUUGUACCCGAUGUGCCGAUGGUUUUCAGCCAAAUGAAAAAAUAGUCAAUUCAAAUGGUGAAUUGUGGCAUACGCAAUGUUUUGUUUGUGCCCAAUGUUUCCGCUCUUUUCCCGAUGGCAUUUUCUAUGAAUUCGAGGGUCGUAAAUAUUGUGAACAUGAUUUUCAUGUCUUAUUUGCACCCUGCUGCAAUAAAUGUGGUGAAUUUGUUAUUGGACGCGUUAUCAAAGCCAUGUCGGCCAGUUGGCAUCCACAGUGUUUCCGUUGUCAGUUGUGUGCCAAAGAAUUGGCUGAUAGCGGUUUUAUACGUAAUCAAAAUCGUGCCUUAUGUCAUGAGUGUAAUGCCAAGGUUAAGGCUGAAAUAACUGGUCGUUAUGUGUGCCAAAAAUGCCACGGUCUUAUUGAUGAGGAACCUUUGCGUUUCCGUGGUGAAGUUUAUCAUGGUUAUCAUUUCAAUUGUACUGCUUGCGGCCAAGAAUUAGAUUCAACCGCAAGAGAGGUUAAAAGUCGUCCAGGUUUGGCAGCUAAUGAUAUGAAUGAAUUAUAUUGCCUGCGUUGUCAUGAAAUGGGUAUACCAAUUUGUGGCGCCUGUCGUCGUCCCAUAGAAGAACGUGUUGUCACUGCCCUGGGCAAACACUGGCAUGUAGAGGUUCCAUUUGUAUGUGCCAAAUGUGAAAAACCAUUCUUGGGACAUCGUCAUUAUGAGAAACGUGGCCUGGCAUAUUGUGAAACUCAUUAUCAUCAAUUGUUUGGCAAUUUAUGUUUUGUAUGCAAUCAAGUUAUAGCCGGAGAUGUUUUCACGGCCCUUAAUAAAGCCUGGUGUGUACAUCAUUUUGCCUGUUCUGUGUGCGAUACAAAAAUGACUCAGAAAUCGAAAUUCUAUGAAUAUGAUGAGAAGCCAGUUUGUAAGAAAUGUUAUGAACGUUUCCCCACUGAGCUUAGAAAGCGUUUAAGAACAGCUCAUGAAAUGACUAUGAAUAAGAAAAUGUAAAUU